AAGGGAAGAGGAAGCAUGUCGGCGGGGCCGUUUGAAUGUCUUCAGACCUGCCUGUUGCUCACUUGGGGAGUUAACCCGAUCUUCUUAAUUCCCCCAGAUGUUAGUAGGCAGGACGAGGCGGAGGGCGAACUCAGUGAAGGAGAGCCCUGGUAUGGAAACUCCUCCGAGACUCCGUCCGAAGCAUCCUAUGGCGAAGUCCAGGAGAACUAUAAGUUGUCCCUGGAGGACCGGAUCCAGGAGCAGUCCACGUCCCCCGACACCUCCUUGGGAAGUGCCACUCCCAGCAGCCACACGUUGGAGCUGGUGGCGCUCGACGGGGACGUCCUGCGAGACUCACUGCAGGGCCAGGACCACCUCUCCCCCGGCCUGUCCUCUUUGUGUGAAGACGACUCCCCGGGCUCCACGAAACCUUUGAGCAGCAACUUGAGGCGGCUGCUGGAGGCCGGGUCCCUCAAACUCGACGCCACAGCCACGGCCAAUGGCAGGGUGGAGUCCCCGGUGAACGUGGCCCCCAACCUCUCCUUUUCCCCACCGUCCCACCACGCCCAGCAGCUCAGUGUCCUUGCCAGGAAGUUGGCCGAGAAGCAGGAACAGAAUGACCAAUACACUCCAAGUAACCGUUUUAUAUGGAAUCAAGGUAAGUGGUUGCCAAACUCAACCACCACCUGCGGCUUGUCCCCCGACUCGGCCAUCCUCAAACUGAAAGCUGCAGCCAACGCCGUCCUGCAGGACAAGUCUCUCGCCAGGACGGAGGAGACCAUGCGAUUUGAGUCCUUUUCCUCCCCUUUCAGCUCCCAGUCUGCCAGUUCCACCCUGGCAGCCUUGUCCAAGAAAGUCAGCGAGAGAAGCUUGACUCCUGGCCAGGAGCACCCCCCUCCGGCCAGCUCCUUCCUCUCCCUGGCUUCCAUGACCUCCUCGGCCGCCCUGCUCAAGGAGGUCGCAGCCAGGGCUGCGGGGAGUCUUCUGGCCGAGAAGUCGUCCCUGGUGCCCGAGGACCCCCUACCGCCACCGCCUUCAGAGAAGAUGCAAGAAAAGGUGACCCCGCCACCGCAGCCGCCGCCACCACCACCGCCACCGCCACAAUCCUUGGAAUUAUUGUUACUCCCAGUUCCCAAGGGAAGAGUUUCUAAACCCUCCAACUCAGCCUCGGAAGAGGAAAGCGGAAAGCCUUUCCAGUGUCCAAUAUGUGGUUUGGUUAUAAAAAGGAAGAGCUACUGGAAGCGGCACAUGGUGAUUCACACAGGUUUAAAAAGUCAUCAGUGCCCGCUCUGCCCAUUCCGGUGUGCUCGCAAGGACAAUCUCAAAUCCCACAUGAAGGUUCAUCAGCACCAGGACCGGGGAGAAACCUUUCAGUGCCAGCUGUGCCCUUUCACUUCCUCGCGCCACUUCAGCCUGAAGCUCCACAUGCGCUGCCACCAGCACUUCCUGAGGACAGAAGCCAAGGUGAAGGAGGAGAUCCCAGACCCAGAUGUCAAGGGAUCGCCCCACCUCAGUGACAGUGCCUGCCUGGGGCAGCACAGGGAAGCAGGAGGGACAGAGCUAGUGGGGACCAUGAUGCCGGCCAGCACUCCAGAGAGGACUAGCCAGGGUGGGGCUGGCGUCUCGCCUUUGCUGGUGAAGGAGGAGCCCAAGGAAGAUAACGGCCUGCCAGCCUCCUUUCCCCUGAAUGCUGCCGACAGGCCGGCCAACCACACAAAGCUGAAAGACCCCUCCGAGUAUGUGGCCAACAGUGCGUCAGCAUUGUUCAGCCAGGACAUCUCUGUUAAGAUGGCGUCUGAUUUUCUCAUGAAGCUGUCAGCUGCAAAUCAGAAGGAGCCCAUGAAUCUUAACUUUCAAGUGAAAGAGGAGCCCCAGGAAGAGGAGGCCCUCAGUGCCUCCUUGCCUCGGUCCAGCUAUGUGUUCAGUCCGGAAUCUGAAGUGUCAGCCCCAAGCAUCUCUGAGGACACACUGAAGGCCCAGGAAGGGAAGGGGAGUGGGCUAAGGCGGGACAUGUCAGUCAAAGCAGCUUCUGAACUUCUCAUGAAACUAUCAGCGGAAAGCUACAAGGAAAGCCAGGCCAUGAAGAUUAAAGAGGAGCCCAUGGAGGUUGACAUCCAGGACUCGCAUGUCUCCAUAUCACCCAGCCGGAAUGUUGGCUAUAGCACUUUAAUCGGGCGAGAGAAAACCGAACCCUUACAGAAGCUGCCAGAGGGCAGGGUGCCCCCAGAGAGGAACCUCUUCAGUCAGGACAUCUCUGUGAAGAUGGCUUCCGAGCUCCUGUUUCAACUGUCAGAAAAAGUGAGCAAAGAGCACAAUCACACAAAAGAAAACACCAUCCGCACGACCACCAGCCCUUUCUUUUCAGAAGAUACAUUUAGACAAUCACCAUUCUCCUCCAAUUCAAAAGACCUGCUGCCCGGCGACGCUGCGCUCCACGGGAGAAUACCAGCGCCAGAGACAGAAAAGCUUGUACUAGAGGCAGGCAACGGAUUGCCAUCCUGGAAAUUCAAUGACCAGCUUUUCCCCUGCGAUGUGUGUGGGAAAGUCUUUGGCCGACAGCAGACAUUGUCCCGACAUCUCUCGCUGCACACAGAGGAAAGAAAAUACAAAUGCCACUUGUGCCCCUACGCUGCUAAGUGCCGCGCGAACCUAAACCAGCACCUGACCGUCCACUCGGUGAAGCUGGUGAGUACGGACACUGAGGACAUUGUCAGCGCCGUCACCUCUGAAGGCAGUGAUGGGAGGAAGCACCCUUAUUACUACAGCUGCCAUGUGUGUGGAUUUGAGACCGAGCUCAACGUCCAGUUUGUCAGCCACAUGUCCCUCCACGUGGACAAGGAGCAGUGGAUGUUCUCCAUCUGCUGCACUGCCUGCGACUUCGUCACCAUGGAGGAGGCAGAGAUAAAGGCUCACAUUGGCACCAAGCACACAGUGGAAGACAGGAAGACCCCAAGUGAAUCAAACAGCCCCUCAUCAUCCUCCCUCUCAGCUCUGAGCGAUUCAGCUAACAGCAAAGAUGACUCCGACAGCUCCCAGAAAAACAAGAGCGGGAACAACCUGCUGGUCAUCUCUGUUGUGCCCGGGAGCCAACCCUCACUGAAUAGUGAGGAAAAGCCAGAGAAAGGGUUCGAAUGCGUUUUUUGCAACUUUGUCUGCAAGACGAAGAACAUGUUUGAGCGCCAUCUGCAGAUACACCUCAUCACCCGGAUGUUUGAGUGUGACGUGUGCCACAAGUUCAUGAAGACCCCCGAACAGCUGCUGGAGCAUAAGAAAUGCCACACUGUCCCCACCGGUGGGCUCAAGUAAGGAAACUCAGGACAGUGGUGAGUUUCAGACUCCUCUAGGUGCCCAUUCUGCAUUUAUUCCACCAACCGCCCCGCCGCCAUGGAGUGCCACCUCAAGACCCACUACAAGAUGGAGUACAAGUGCCGGAUCUGCCAGACGGUGAAGGCCAACCAGCUGGAGCUGGAGACGCACACCCGGGAGCAUCGCCUCGGCAACCACUACAAGUGCGACCAGUGCGGCUACCUGUCCAAGACCGCCAACAAGCUCAUCGAGCACGUGCGCGUGCACACCGGGGAGCGGCCCUUCCACUGUGACCAGUGCAGCUACAGCUGCAAACGCAAGGACAAUCUCAACCUGCACAAGAAGCUGAAGCACGCCCCUCGCCAGACCUUCAGCUGCGAAGAGUGCCUGUUCAAGACCACACACCCUUUCGUCUUCAGCCGCCACGUCAAGAAGCACCAGAGUGGGGACUGUCCCGAGGAGGACAAGAAGGGCCUGUGUCCGGCCCCCAAGAAACCAGCUGGCCCCGGGGCCCCGCUCCUCAUCGUCGGGAGCUCUCGGAAUCUCUUGUCUCCCCUGUCGGUCAUGUCCGCCUCCCAGGCUCUGCAGACCGUGGCCUUGUCCGCUGUCCACGGCAGCAGCUCAGAGCCCAACCUGGCACUCAAGGCUCUGGCCUUCAACGGCUCCCCUUUGCGCUUUGACAAGUACCGGAACUCGGAUUUUGCCCAUCUCAUUCCCUUGACAAUGUUAUACCCCAAGAACCACUUGGAUCUCACAUUCCACCCGCCCCGACCUCAGACUGCGCCUCCCAGCAUCCCGUCCCCCAAACACUCCUUCCUCGCCUAUCUCGGACUGAGAGAAAGAGCAGAGACUGUCUGAGGGCAGCAUGUUCCGUACCAAAAACCAAGUGACAGAGACAAAAACAAAAAUAAACCCACGAAACUUACACACAACCCCAGCAGGUGUAUGUUGCUGCAAAACCGACAGACCCUCGUGGGUCUGAACCACGUGUACUGUAUCUCUUUAGUAAGGACUAGAGAAUUGGCUCUGUGUGUAUACCUAUUGCAUUGACCUGAAAGCUGCUUUAUCCGAUCUUCAGAGAGGUGACCUACUGCGUACAUCUACCUUCAGAGGCAUGCCUCCCCGGCCCCCCGCGCCCACUCUCAGCCCUGCUCCCCACCUUUCCCGGAAAGGAAUUUUGUCUUGCUCAACCCUAAAGAGAGUGUCCUUAAUAGCAAUCCGCACUUGUCAGCUUCUCUACUGGUGCAUUUUUGUUUUCUGUUGGGUGAAUGGGGUGUGUGGGCGUCUGUGGAUUCUGAGAGAGAGAGCCGUGUGUCGUGUGCCAUGAGAUUUCUAUCGCACAUUCUCUGUGCUGGCUGCUUUCACCGCGAUGAACAUGAUUUUCCCUCCUGGGUGGUUCAUCCACUGCAGUCCCUCCCCGAGCCCCUUCUUCACCACCCGUUUCACGGCUGCAGAGUGGUGGGGCCUGGUGCGCGGUCGAUGAAGGCAUGGUAGACACCCACGGUGCUGCUGGAGAUUUCCCACAGAGCUGGAGACCUUGUGCAGAGUCUCCUCUGGUUAUGAAGACGCGAGGCAGCAAGAGUCCCGUCUGGAAGAAAUGUCCUGCAGCACCGAGGCCAACAUCACAAAACUUAAGUGUGUUGUGUGUGUGUGUCCAUACGUACACAACGCGUGUGGGACACACGCAGUGCAUCAUUUUUUAAGGGCAGAUUAUAUAUAUAUAUAUAUGAUGUAUUAAUUCAGUGGUUACCAUUUGUUUGCAGGAAAAAAAAAUAGUAUGAGUGAAAAAUUUUAUGGUCGAUAAAUCCAGCCAAGGAGAUUAAAAGGGGUUUGGAUCAAUUCUGGGUAUAAAUGCUCAGACUAAAAAAAAAAAAAAGAAAAGAAAAGAAAUGGCAGUUUUGCACAGUGCUUUGGUCUUGCACUAGUUUUUGUUUCUCAUCUGCAAAAAAAAAAAAAGAAAGAAAAAUAAAAGUGAAAGAAAAUGUCCCUUUUAUAUGGAACGAGUAGACUGUAUAUUUGAAAAUUUUGUCACAGGCUCGUUGACAUAUAACCACCCAAAAACAAGGUGCUGUUUAGUCCUGCAAUUCCGUUGAUGCCCCUGAGACGUGUCCAUUGUGUUUGCAGGUCAUCUGGCUCUAGUGGUAUUCUCCAUGUUGGUAAUAAUUCUGUAUUCCAUUUUGUUAACGCCUGGUAGAUGUAAUCUGCUAGGAGGCUAACUUUAUACUUAUUUAAAGCUCUUAUUUCGUGGUCAUUAAAAUGGCAACUUAUGUGCAGCACUUUAUUGCAGCAAGAAGCAGAUGUGAUUGGUAGCAUAGCCCUUUGCUAGUCUUUCAAAGUAAUGGGUGAUUUAGAAAGGAGAAGAGGGAAAGAAUCUUUGGCUGAAUACGUUAAGUGCUUGUAUUUUUAAGACAACAGCAUUUCCUGUAUGAAACAGGCUAAAGGAGCAGGAAGAAAUGUGCUUUGUAUGAUGAUGGGAAGCUUGGGAUAUAAAAGUUUAUAUAUUAUUUAUCUAUUGAAGAACUGUGUACAGGAGGAAUGCUUCUUACUGCAUUGCUGUUUUCCAUCAGGUGUUAUCCUAGAGUUGGGAAUUUUUCUUUUUUUCAUCCGUUUCACCAGGGGAAAAUAAAAGCAUCCCUGAUUUUCUUCCUCUAGUCAGCUUGCUUCACUGAGCCCCCUUGAAAUUGAUACAGUUGUGCGGGAAGCCAGAAGACUAUACCAUCUGUCCACACCAUGGUUCCCCCCACCACACACACACACACACACACACACACACACACACACCCUUCUUCCCCCAGACUAGCAGGUCUACUAUACUUCCCUUUGCCAGUCACGGGCCCUGGCAAGCCUGUUUACACUACAGAGAUGCCCGGGGACAGGGAGGCUGAGCCGGCUAGGGCGGGAAGCUCUGCACCUUCUAUCCUCCUCCCGCAGACAUCUGUUCUUGGCCAUGUGUGAACCCCCCAUCAACCUCGCCACCUCACUGUCUCAGCUAAAGACACUAUAGACAAGUAUAAUACACUCCAAGAAUACCGGGCUAAUGGGUGGGCUGGUUUUCGGUGGUUUUUGUUGUUUUUUUUUUAAGUUAUGUCUUUAUCCCCAUAUAAUGGAGAAUGUGCCACUUGGCUAAUAAUGUGCUUUCAAAAUUACAAGUUCAGUGAUGACAGGAAAGAGGGCCACGGGCAUCCCACAGAGGCUGGCAGGAAAGGUGACUCACAUAAUGCACCAGCAGGUAAAAACCUGACAGGGUGGCCCUGACUAUCAGGACGACAGCUUUCACAGCAUGCCACUUGUGCAAUAGGAGGCCCUGGGCUGAAACCUGCGAGACCGAGAGGGGCGUUGGAAGGAAGGAGACGUUUACCGUUCGAAUGCCAUGUGUUUCCCUGCUUGCCACUGAACUUGUAUUUGAAUUACUUCGUUAUGCUUAAUGUAAUUGGGCAACUUUUUUAGCACUUUGGAAAGAGUCAUCCAUCUUUCUGGUAAAUUAUAAAAAGUUUUCUGAGUGAGAAAAGGUGUGUUUGGAGUUUGUUUGACUUUUUAUAUUAUUAUUAUUAUUAAUAAAGAAAAAAAUUUACAGCAUUUUUCAGACUCCACUGAGGUAAUAUGUACCCCUGAAUUUGGUUUGCAGUUUGAUACUCAGGGAAGGAUGUAUUCCAUAGAUAUCCUUUCCGUGUAAAACACUAACGUCUUUGAGAAAUUCACCUGCCAACUAACUUCAGUUGUUUUUCACUAUGCAUCCUUCGAUGAAAGCUAGCUUAUUUUCCCAUAGAGCAAUGCAGUUAGUGUUCCCAGCACUUUCCUUCUCCUGUCCUUUUUUUAACCCCUCAUAUUAUGUUCAGAUGAUCAUACUAUCAAGGUUUGUGUACAUUACUGAAAAUUUGUAUUGUAUAAAGCUUUUUGCAUUACAAGGCUGUACAGGGUCAUUUUGACAGUAACUGGUAUAUUCCUUUGCAUCUUAUGUUGCAUUGCCAAUUUCUAGUGUAUCCAGUUUGGAAGUAUAAUAUACUCUAAUUAAAAAAAA